AUGGAGGAUGGGGAUGGUGGUCAUCCAGACACAGAUAAUGGUGGAGGAGAGGAACAUGCAAAUUAUGCAACAGAGGUCACACAGAAAACUGCUUUUACCACUCUUAAUGUGAACAAUAUCAAAAUGAAAGGAAAUCAUUUAAAACAUGGCUGCAAAAUAUGUUUUCGAAAAUACCUUUCAAGUGUGACCUUGGAUAAACACUAUCAGAAAUAUGGAAAAGUGUGUUUCCCAUGCAAACAAUGCAAGGCGAAAUUCCACUCAAAGGAGUCUCGGGAACAGCAUAAGCUGCUUCACGAUGGAACAAAUCCAUUUGAGUGUAGAGUUUGCUUUAAGAGUUUUAAAUGCCUGUCCAGUUGCAAAAAGCAUGCCAGUACUCACUUGCCCGUAAGCAAGCGUCCGUACUCCUGUGAUAUUUGUGGGAAGGGUUACAUCAAUAACAAUGAGCUGACAUACCAUAAAUGGAGUCACAACCAAACUGGGUCGAACAAAUGUACAGUUUGUCAAAAACUGUUUAGGACACGCGCCCUCCUGAAGAGACACAUGGAUAGUCACAAGGGCAGGAUUUACAAAUGUGAUUCAUGCGACAAGGAGUACAAGUAUCCCAGCAGCCUGAGAGACCAUCUGAUCAAGUUCAAACAUACAAGUCGGGAUGUUGUUACCAAAUCCAGGUCAGAACAGCCUCUUAACAAAAGUACAGGAAAGAAACAGGACAAGGAGACAGCUAUGUGUGAUGUUUGUGGUCUGACCUUUGACAACAUCCUCUCUCUCAGAGCCCACAUAAGGAGUCACAAGAAGGAGGAUACAACUGCACAGUCAGAAUCUUUGAGAGAAUUUGCUUUCAAGAAACAUGUCGAGAGGAUCGCAGCCCAGAAGGAAAGAUUGAAGGCGUCCAUUAAGAAAAGUGGACUGUUCAGCUGCAACAAAUGUGACAAGAAAUUCAAGCUGCAACAUUCCCUGAGACGACACAAUAUUAUGAAACACAGCGUCUGUAAACAUCAGUGCAAUGUCUGCAAAAAACGCUUCUUUGUUCCAAGCGAGUUGAAACGACAUAUGAUCAGGCAUGAAGGAGAGAGAACAUUCCAGUGCCACCUUUGUCCGCAAGCCUUUUACCAUGAUUUUGGUCUGAGAAGGCAUUUGAAGGUGCACAUUUCGAAAGAAAAGCUGGCCUAUGGUUGUGAAUUAUGUGAGAAGAGAUUUGCAGAGGCCUGUUAUCUCCGAGAACACAUGAUGAAGCACACUGGCGAGAGACCUUUCCUAUGUGACGUGUGUAACAAAGGAUUUAUCUCAAAUAGUUUGUUGAAAAAACAUAAGCUGUGUCAUGGACCAAAGACUCAUGAGUGUACAGUGUGUGGGAGAUGUUUCUCUCAGGCCAGCAGCCUGAAUACUCACAUGCAGACCCAUGAAGCUGUAAAGAGAGUUUAUCUCUGUGAUGACUGUGGAAAGUCUUUCAACAGCAAGUCUGGGUUGAACAGACAUAAGGUGAAGCACACUGGUAUCAGAAAACAUAAAUGCCAGUUUCCAGGCUGUGAGCGGGCGUUCUUCUUCAAUGCUGAGCUCAAGGUCCAUGAAUUGUGCCAUGGUGACGUCAAGCCAUUCAAGUGUGACACCUGUGGGAGGUCUUUCAAAUUUAGGACCUCCUUCAAGAACCAUAUUCAGUACCAUAGCAAGACCAAGAACUUUAAAUGUAAUAUUUGCGACAAGGGAUUCUAUCUUGAGAACAAGUAUAAGCACCACAUGGAACGUCACCUUGGACAGCGCAAUUUGAAAUGUGAAACCUGCAGUAAAUGUUUCAUCAGAAAAUCAGACCUGGUGUACCAUGAAAAACAGCAUAAGGGCAAAUUUGAAUGUCAGGAAUGUGAAAAGGUAUUUUCUUUGGAAACACGGCUCAAGAGUCAUAUGAAAGUACAUGAAGGACCAGACAAAGUUAAAUGCCCUCGUUGUGGAAUAUACUUCCGAGAUAUAACAUUCUUGCAAACAACUCACUUGAGGGAGUGCGAUAACAAGAAAUGUUGUCGAUUUUGUGGCCGAAAGUUUAAACGUGUUCGCUACCUGCAAAGUCACAUCGGAGUUCACACUGGAAAGCGUCCAUUUGAAUGUAAAGUGUGUGGUCGAGCAUAUGGCAAAGAGGAGUAUUUGAAGGCCCAUGAAGAUGAACAUGAGAGGAAGAAAUAUGCUUGUAACCUCUGUGACAAACGCUUUGAUCGGAAAGGUGAUGUGAAAAAGCAUGAAGCUUACCAUAGGAAGAAAGAGCGAGAGAAUGAACUGGUUGAGGCAUUGAAGAAAGACCUUGAAGAAACACCCAGUCAACCGAUUGCCACACAAACAUCAAUAGAACAUUCAUCGUUCCUGAACGAAGUUUUUGCCUGCGAAAAGAUGAAGUCAGAGGAAGAAAGGCAGGAUAUUUUGGCAGAAGCGACUGCAAGCAUCAGUGAGAUCCAUGAGUGUGAUGUGCAGGUGGUGCACGAUUUGUCUGAAGUGCAGUUUAUACAGGACGACAUGGGGAAUUACGCCCAGGUGGUACAUCUGGAUGGAAAUGCCUACAUCCAGGAAUCUGCUUUACCGACAGUCAGUUCUGAGCAGAUCAUACUCACCACCAUCGAUACAAGUCAGCUUCAAGUUAGUGGUGGGGAGAAUGAAAUCAUUAUGGUGGCCAUGAUACCAGAAACACAAGUUUUCCAAAUAACUAAAAGAACAGUAUUCUUUUGGGACAGGACAAGAACAUUUCUUACAAUGAGUGUCAUUAAAGAAAAUGAUGACUGUAUGAAGACAUUAGCAUCUGCUUUACAAUGUACUCUUGUGAAAGCACACAUAGUUGGUCCAGAAGAUCUGGACAUUAACUUCAAGGUGAAGGUUGGUGGUGCAGAUGCAGACAGUUUUAUGGAUAUGUUUGGGGAAACUGGCCUACCAACCCUUAACACCAGUGGUGAAAUAAUGAUGGAUUCAGUCAAAUGUGACUGUUGUCGUAAAUUCUUUAAGAAGGUUGUAACUUUAAAGUUUGCUUUUAUGGACAGCAAUGAAAAUACCUGCAAAGACUGUGGACCUGUGAGGCGCAGUACAAGGAGAAGAGCCAAAAAGGUAUAUGGUGAAAGGAAUAGCAUUGAAAGCACUGUUCAAAGGGAUCAAGAAACGUCUUUGAUUCAAAAUGAUAGUAGACGGAUAAAGAACCUUCCUGAAGACUCUGAUGGGGAAUUAUGUACUGACAACAUCAAUGAAAACUGUUUACCUGAAGAUACAGCUGCCUCUGAUACUUUCAAAAACAUUGUGUGUGAAAUUUGUGACGAGUCAUUUGUCAGUGAAGGGGUUUUUAUCACUCAUCUCAUGAAACACUCUGGUACCAACUCCUGCAAGUGUGCAGUAUGUGGUGGCAAGUUUUCAAGCAAGUAUGUCCUCAAAAAACACAUGAAGAGACAUAUUCCUGAAGAACACAGGGCAUAUAAGUGUGAUAUCUGUGGAAAAGCCUUCACAGAAGCUUUUUGCUACAGAGAACAUGUCAAGAAUCAUUCUCGGGUUAAGCCUUUCAAGUGCAAGGAAUGCCAAAAGAGCUACUCCAGUUCAACAGCACUGUGGCGGCGACAUAUUCGUGAGCAUGCGAUGGUAAAGGGUAGCAAGAAAACAGAGAUGGACAUAUUGGGCGAACAGAUAAAGCAAGAAGAAAAUUUUACUGACAUAGUGAAUAAGGAAGGGGUGUCCUCAGCACUUUCAACAGCUUGUGAAAGGUCAGAAAAACAAUCAGAAACACACAGUUUGAGUGAAGAUUGUGAGGAUGAUUGUGUUGAUGGUAUGAACAUUGACUGUGAAGGAGAAGAUGACUCUCUCAAUCAACAGGACAGGUACAGAAGUGAAUCCACAAUUUCAAAUAGUAGUGCCCGUGAUGAAGAAAAUGAGGAAAACAUGUCAAGGCCAAAGAAAAAGCCAUUUAAAUGUGACAAAUGUGGAAAAUCAUUUCAAGUCCAUUCAGUGUUCAUGAGACAUAAGAAAUUCCAUAAUGCUGACCAAGAGACAAACUUCAAGUGUAGAAUCUGUUCCAAAGCUUUUGAGUCUGAGGUGCUCCUGGAGAAACACCAGAAGCGCCACUCUGAUGACCGUCCAUUUCCUUGUGGUGUUUGUGACAAAUCUUUCUUCAGCAGACAAGUCAUGGAAAAGCAUUCCAGCCAACAUAUCCCACGUGAUAGGUGGGAAUAUGAAUGUGAAGUUUGUAAGAAGAAAUUUUCCCACAUUUCCUACUUCCGUGAUCACAAGUGGACCCAUGAGACUGAGAAGCCCCACAAGUGUGAGAAGUGUGGCAAGAGAUAUGCAAACAGCCAGUCCUUGCGCCGCCACAUCAUAUCUCACAGCACUGGGGUUCAUAAGUGCAGUGAAUGUAACCAACGCUUUGUCUCUGCUCACAGACUCAAAGAACACAUUUACACUCAUAAUGGCAUCAUGCCUUUCAGCUGUGACAUUUGUGGCAAAGGAUUCAAGUCUUACCAAGUUUUCAAGAAACAUUCAAGAAUUCAUGUGACAGUUAAACCAUUUGGUUGUUUUCCCCACAACCAUGCACUCCAGAGUCAUAUGGGACUACAUACUGGAGAAAGACCUUAUGGUUGUGACACAUGCGGACGUGCCUUUGCAAAGGAAUCCUCACUUAAUGAGCACAAGAAGCGUCAUCUUGAAGCCAAGUCACACUUAUGUAAAACUUGUGGUAAGGGUUUCAAUUGUCCUGCUGAUCUAAGGAGGCAUGAAAUCAGACACAAGGGGCAGAUGAAAGCUGCGCUUCCCAACAACAUGAAGCCUGGUUAUCCAGAGCAGAAACUGAUGGAAGCAGGAGCAUCUAGUGAGUUUCUAACUCUGUCUGGGCCUGAUACAGUCAUUGAAGAGGUUCAGGACAUCACUGAAGUUGGACAUUUUCCUGCAGAAUCUGAUACUAUUGUCCUGGCAACUAUAGAUCCUAGUCAGAUCGGACCAUCGCAUCAUGCCCAGUUUAACUCUACCGAGGUGCAGUAUAGUGGGGAGCCAGAAGCUGCUGUGGUUCAUUAUCAGGACAGUCAGCAGAACAUCCAGCAGCACCAACAGCAGCAGGACCCUGGACACGACAGUGGAGAUGAAGAGCCCAAUUUACCCAUUUACCAGGUAGAAGAUGGCCGAAGAGAGAACCAGUCUGAAAAAGACAGUCGCCUAGUAGACCAGCUGUCUGAAAGUCUACAGGUGAUGGAGGCAGCGUUCAUGUGUCAUGUCGUCCAGACAAAGGUAAUCAAUGAACAAGACGUUGAUCUGCAGAUCCGAGUCCAUAUUGAAAACAAUGAGAUGAUGCCUCAUUUCAUGGAUAUGCUCGAGCGGGGUGUGAUCCAGUGUAAGAGCUCAUAUUGCAAGGUUCACCAAAUAGCUGGGAACUGUACAACAUGCCGAAAUCAUGUUCCUCAAAAUGCUGGGGAAAUAAAUAUGAUCUUUGAAUUGAGUGAUAAAAGUCGAUGUGAGCAUUGUGUAGCAGGGAAGGCUGCUGAUGAGAAGCUGCAGUGUGAUGCUGUCAGUGCUGUUACAGAUGCAGCACCAAAGGAAGACGAAGCAGGAGGACAAAGAAGGGGGAACCCAAGGAGGAGGAAAACAACAAUCAAAAUGAUGGAGAUGUUAGAUGUAGAUUCAGAUGUCCGAGAGGAUGGGGAUGAUGAUGUUGAGGAUGAUAAAGAUGAAGAUGAUCGGCAGAGAAAGGAAGACAUGAAACCCUUGACUAGAAGAAAAGCCUCCGGGCCAUCCCAGACUCCCACAGCAAGGGCUAAGCCUGCAACAAGGCCGCAGAAAAUGAAGAAGGUUUUGAAACUGGAGUCAGCUAAAGAUGUGGAGCUUUCUCCUGACCAGUCUUGCAAUAAGACUUCCAUGUUCAAGGAAGUUGUGAAGACAACUAGAAGAUCCAAAAUCAAAAAAGAAACGAAAAGAAAAAGAAGUGUGAGUGAUCUCCGCCCUUACAAGUGUGCUGUGUGUGGAAGAACUUACCAAAUGCUGAAGACUCUGAAGAGUCAUGAACGUGUUCACAGCGACAGUACGGAAUAUGAAUGCAAUGUUUGUGGCAAAGGUUUUCACAUCCCAAGUCGGCUCAAGUACCACAUGAGAAUACACACAGGUGAACGACCUUUCCAGUGCACGAUAUGUGGGAACGCGUUUGUGAGGAAUGGCCACCUGACCCAUCACAUGAAGACACAUGAAGCUGACCGGCCGUACAAGUGUCCUGUUUGUGGUAAAGGCUUCACUGAAGUGUGUUACCUGAAGGUACAUGAGCGCAACCACACUGGCGAGAAGCCGUACCAGUGUGAUAAGUGCGGUAAAUGUUUCACCAACUCUUCAUCAUUCCACAUCCAUCAGCGUGUACAUAGCAGCAAAGCUGUCAAAUGUGAUACGUGCGGUAAGGAAUUCCACUCCGGAAAAACUCUGACGCAGCACCAAGGAAUCCAUUCUGGUGUCCGACCAUACGUUUGUGACUUUUGUGGUAAAGGUUGUCUUACAUUGUCCCGAUUGAAUCGUCAUAAACGGACUCACUCUGGCGACAAGCCUCACAAGUGUACGAUGUGCGACAAAAGGUUCUUUGAUGCAAGUGACCUCAAACUCCAUCUUAGAAUUCACACUGGCGAGAAACCAUUUAAGUGCGAUGUAUGCAACAAAAAGUUUACUCUGAAGGAAUCCUUGAAUCGUCAUGUGGUCGUGCACAUAGAUGAUCGGCCACACAAAUGUAAUGAAUGUGGGAAAGGUUUUGCAACUCCGAGGCAGCUAACUAAGCACACCAACAUUCAUUUUGGGGCAAAGAAGUUCAUCUGUGAGCUGUGUGGGAAGUCGUUUUUGACAUCCAAUGCCCUGAAGUCUCACAACCAGACCCAUGCCGGGUACCGGCCACACAAGUGUGACAUCUGUGGGCGCAUGUAUCGCAGUUCCUGGUACCUUCAGGUUCAUCGUAAGACUCACACAGGGGAGAACCUGAUCCAGUGUCACACAUGUGGCGACUGGUUCGUCAAUCCGUCCUACUUCAAACUCCACCAGCAGAAGCAUUGCAAGGGGAGACUACUCUACUGCAGUGUCUGCAAACAUGGCUUCUCUAACAACCAUGCCCUUCAGAGUCAUAUGGGCAUCCACACAGGUGAACGUCCUUUUGGAUGUGAUAUUUGUGGAAAAGCUUUUGCAAAAGCAACCUUGCGUCAGGAUCAUAUGCGACGCCAUUCAGAGCAGAUGGUUCAUAAGUGCAGCUUUUGUGGCAAGGGGUUCAAGAGAACCAAUGAUCGGAAGAAGCAUGAACUUCGUCAUGAAAGAAAGAUGCGAAAACUCCAUCUUCCUGACCGACUGAAACCUGGCCACAAGGACAACGUUGCUGCCCAGCAAGAAAGGGAUAUCCUGCAAGAAGCAACAGAGAGCAUCCGAGACGCUGAAAGCACAUCCGUGAUGGACGUUGAAAUGGGAGAUGUUGAAGAACCUCGUGUUUUGACAGAGCAUGUUGUGCUCACAACAAUAGACUCCAGCCAGAUCUCGGAGCAGCAGGAUCUGGCUGAGGACAAAGAGAGACCCACACAUAGGAUGAUGGUGGCUGUUGAUCACUCCUAUUAUUCAGACAAUAAUGUUCCGAUGGUCUCUGAUCAUGUCCUGUCAACUUCAGGAGGAAUUCCCAUCCACGCCCUGGCCUCUGACCCAAGCCCAAUGUUCGCCACAGGUAACCAAGCAGGGUUACAGGUGGUGUCCGGCCAGCAUGCUCUGUCACAGGUUCAAGGUCAGAAUGGCUUGGUUGUAGGACAAGGAUGCCUGCAGCCUCUAACCCCCUUGCAGCCGACUGCCCUACCUCAUCCCAGUCACCAGGGGAUGGUGGCGACGCAUCCCGAUCAACGCCUUCCUCCCAAUAUGGGACACAACCCGUCCCUUCCACAUCCAAUGUCAGCACAUUCCUGGAUGUACUGAAGUCACAGUUGCUCCUAUCUAUCUCUCCCAUUGGCACUAAUUUCUGUUGUUGUUGGAAUAGGUCCCAGCCAAAUGAAGGUUUUGAAAGGCAUUUAGAAGUUGGACGAACAUGAAUACAUGACACUUUUAUGGAUAACAACUUCUUUUUAUUCUUUACACGGUGGUUGGACAGGUGACUUCAAACGUAGGCCUUUAGGAAUUAUCUUGUUAUCUCUGCAGCGUAGUAGAAAGGUGAGGUGGUUGUUGGUCCUGAUGUUCUUGUGGACGAUGCUGUUGUACUGGUUCAUGUCACUUAUUGCCUGAUGAAGGAGCAAGAAUUAGCUCUGAAACGUCGUGUAAAGAAUAAAAAGAAGCUGUUAUCCAUAAAAGUGUCCUGUAUUCAGGUCCCAGCCACUUGUUUUGGUUGCAGGAGGCUCACGAUGGUGUCAUAGUUGUCAUUGUCAUUGUACCUGGAGUAUACAUGUUGACAUCAUAUAGCUGGAAUAUUGCAAUACAACAAACCAAACACCUUGAUAAGUCAGGGUUCAAUUUUUUUUUAAAAAGACACUUGCCACAGGGCAAGUGACUUUAAGAAAGUAACUUGUCCUGACUAAUUUUCCAC